AUGGUGCGGAUCCUCCUGGAAACUAUUCUAAGGCACAUGGAAAAUAAAGAGGAAAACCUGCUGAUUGAUGAGGAACAUAAUUUGAAGCUGAUAGACUUUGGACUCUGUGCAAAGCCAAAGGGAGGUCUUGAUUACCAUCUGAACACCUGCUGUGGAAGCCCAGCUUAUGCAGCACCAGAGCUAAUUCAGGGCAAAGCAUAUAUUGGAUCAGAGGCAGAUAUUUGGAGCAUGGGUGUACUGCUGUAUGCUCUGCUGUGUGGCUUUCUCCCUUUUGAUGAUGACAACGUCAUGGCAGUCUACAGGAGGAUAAUGCAGGGACACCUUGACGAAGACUGUGUGACAGAGCUUUCCGUGUUUCACAACCAGAGCAGGGAGAGUAUAUCAGAAUUAAUAUCAGAGGCAUGA